ACUACGGAUUUGCUACCGAAUUAUAUUUAUUUUCGAUAGCAUUGGAUUAGCUUUGCUUGCUUGCAUAAUUUCAAGAAAUGUGAUUCAUUCAAUAAAGUUAACAAUUUAUCAUUCUUUUAAAAUAAUUAUGUGCCUCUAAAAUGUUCUGCCGAAGACUACCACCUUAUAUAGUGCAAGAGCUUCCUGACAUAUCAGAGUCUAUUCGAUUUCCGAUACAAAAUGUUCAAAGGAUAAGGUACACAUGCUUUGAUGUGUCCAAGAGUCUGAUAGUAUUUGGUGCUACUAGUGGUGGAAUCUAUGUUUUCAACAGAAAUCCAUGCGAGUUUGUGCAACUUAUACCUAACAAGGAUGGAAUUAUCACUCGCCUGGCAAUAUCUCCAAAUGAGAAACACAUUGGUUUCGCCAAUGGCAAGGGAGCGGUGUCCGUCACGGAAUGUAACCAAUCACUUAGUGGAGGUCACUCAACAACUACUUCCAAGGAGCACCACGGGAAUGAAGUGACAACUCUGGUCUGGGGCCGGAGUAAUAUGCUGUUUGCUGGGGACGAUGUGGGAAAGAUAUCUGUCUUGCAACUCCAAGGGUUCAUUGCGAAAGCGAUUUUCCAAAAUUUGUCUCAAACGAUAAUGAGUUUGGACUCGCGGAUAUGCCAGCUUGACAUCAAGGAUUGCAUGCUUUUAGUCUCAACACUAACUAGGUGUUACAUAUGUGAUACAUCUCAAGAACAAUACCGGCAGAUUGGCCAAAAAUUACGAGACGGAGAAUUCGGUGCUUGCUUUCAUGAUAAAGAGAAAUCCGCAGACAAUAAUCCAACACCAACCAUACAAGAUUUUACUGAAGUCAAAAAGUAUAACAUUGUUGAUAAUGAUGCAGGAUUUGCCAUCAGUAAAGAAUUAGUUAACACUGUUAUAUUUUGUGCCAGACCAUCAUCCAGACUGUGGGAGGCAACAAUUGAUGGUACAGUUAUGAGAACUCAUCAAUUCAAACAAGUUUUAGCUAAACCAGUGAAAGUUGUGUCAGUAGAAUCAUAUAAAAAUGAGGAAAUCGACUUGAAUGAUGAUUGUAAAGCUGAAGAAGGCCAGUCUGUCAAUUUUCACAAAAUAUUUAGUGUCAAUGGUGCCAUAUUUUCUUUUAAAAAGGAUGCUCUGUAUUUUCUAAAUACCAAUGAUGUAGAUGAUACUAUGUGGCUUACAUAUAGUGAUGUAAUGGAUUGCAAAGUAUAUAAUGAUACGGUUUAUGUAUGGUUAACUAAUGGCUCUCUUGUUAGUUUGAGGUAUAUGAAAAUUGAGAAAUUUCUGUUGAAAUGUUAUUUUGAUGAAAAAUAUGUAAUAUGUGCUAAAUUGUGUUCCUUGUACAGUGAUUAUUUGCUUAUGAAUAACUUAUCUCCAAAAUUGCAUAUACUAGUAGGUAUCAGGGAUAAAUUAGACAAUGAUAAACUUACCAAUAUUGAGAAGGUUCUAGAAAAGUUUAAUGGUUUAAAAUCUAAUGAAGCAAUGCAAAUGAAAUCCGGUAUAUUCGUUGUAGACAACACUUUCCAAACACAAUCAUUAUUAGACGAUAUAGAAAGUCCUAAACAUAUAGAAGAUAAUAAAUUUGGAACAUUAUCACCAGAAGCAUUGCAGGCGUUCAAAGAUUUGAGUGUGACUGUAUCUGAUAAGUUAAAUUCUAGUAAGAAAAUAUUGAAAGAUACCUGGGAGGGAAUGAAACAUUUCCACGACACACAACCUAUUCAAGAAAUAAAUCUCCCAAAGAAAAUUAUACAUGAAGAAGAUUCUAAAGUUGAACAUACGCCCGUUGAAACAGACAACAAUAUUAUACAUAAAGAAUCUAGUCAUAAAACCAUAGAGGUAGACAAUAACGUAUUACAAACUGACAAAGUUUGCAAAUCUUUGUACCAGUACUUUAGAUUAAGUUUAGUUGGUAAAGAGACAGAACGCUCGAAUUUAGUUUCAUUAGUUGAAAACCACAGCUGUGAUAUUAGUGGAAUCUACAAUCUUAUGUUACUUUUAGAGAAAUAUUGUGUUGCCGUGGGGGCACUAGAAGAAUCUAAAUACGUACCGAAUAAUAUAUUUUUAAUGUACUUAAGUAGUUCGCCGCAGAAGAAUGUGUUAUUAGACGCAAUAAUAAAAGACGAAAGGUUUUACAAAUACUUCGUGGAUUCGUGCAUAUCUGUGAAUGUAAGAACUCAAAAACUGUCGAAUAUAGGCUGCGAGUGUGGCUUUCCUUUGCCAUACACUAGAACAAAUCAAUUGCCAGUAUAUUCGGAACUGAUAGACGAGUUUAUUGAAAGGCAAUGGUCGAGUCAAUCGAAAGAUCAGUGUUAUGAGAUGUGCAAGCGAAUGCCGUAUUUAUGGAGAAAGAUAUUGUACUUGAGAAGAAAUGAAGAUCUCUUGAAUGUAUUGAGGAUAUUGUUGCAAAUGCUCGAUGAAGGUUUACUGCACUCGUUUUUGCCUCAAUUCACUUUAGAAUCGUGGGACAGAGCUCUUCAGUUGUACGCCACAUUACAUGCGAAUAUGUGCUUGAAUUGUAAUAAGAAAUUCCACCACAUAUCAGUGAAAGAUAUGUUGAGUUGGGACGACGUUGGUGCGUUGAUGAUCAAAUCGGUCGGUGGUAGGAAUGCCUUGAAAAUCAUGCAGAAACAUGCGAAAUUGAUAGAUCUAGGAGAGUUGACGAUGAAGUUUUACCAUACGAGUAUGUUGGUGGCCAUGUAUGAGAAAUAUGACGUCACAAUCACAAGUCAACUCACGGACGCUCUGUACAGUUGUUACGAUUUUGAUGAAGCGAAAUUGGAGAUAUGCCGCCUUCUCCGAAACACGACAAACGGACUCAUAAACAACACAGCACUACCAAUAAUAGUCGCCGCGAAUUCUACGCACUGGGGACUCACCCCGAUCACAGAAAAAACCUUAGCAAGUGAUGAGCACAAAGAAUUUAGCAAAAUAAAAUAUUUAAAACUCGAUGAAAUUGUACAAAGGUUACCGGAAAUUAAUAAUAACGUAACAGAUUGCGUGUUAUGCGGAGUUCCGAUGCAGAAUAAAAUUCUGAUCCAAGAUGGCGGCUUGUGGGUUUUCAAAUGUGGUCAUAGUUUCCAUGGAGCUUGCUUAGAUGUAAAUAAAGUGAAGUUGUGCCCGUCUUGUCCUAAGGUUUAGUGGCCUAACUUAUUUUGUAUUGCUGGUAUAUAAUUAAUAUACAAAUACUCAAGGAUUUCUUUAAUAUGAAAUAGGUACGUAUUAAUGAAAAUGCAAUAAUAUUUUUACCAAAUUGUAAAUGGCUUGACUAUGACAAAAAGAUAAUCUCAUAAAUGUUUAGGUUUAAUGCUACAUGUAAAUUAUAAGCAAUAUAACAAGUGUUCUAUUUUACUUUGGCGAAUCAAUAAAAUAAAACAUAUAAGGCAUACAAUGAGAAAAAUUGUAGUACCAGACAAAUGUAGUCUCUACCAGAUAUUUCAUACAUAUUUUAUUAGUUGUUAUAGUUAUAUAACAAUAACAUAAUAUAGUGCAAUCCAUACGACUAUAGUAUUCGGAAUAAUACAAGACUAGAAGUGGCAAGUACUGGUGAAUGUGGCGUCACAUUGUUUUGAUACCAUGAAGUUUUUAUAUUACAUCUCAAUUCUGAAUGAACUGCGCAGAAAGCUUCAUGCGAUGUAUAUAGUUAAGUAAGGCUUGACCAGAAAUAUGUAUAGCAUACCUACAAUAAUUCUACGUUUCUUAGUGGAACUUGAAAUACAUAGAUUGAGUGAUUGUAGGGUGAUUUGACUAUAGUGCACGGUUGUCAAAUAUUAAUCGACCUGUUUCAGAUGACGUAUAGUGAUAAAAGGAGCCAUAAAGAAGCCUGAUUACCUAAUAGCGUUAGGCUAUACUUGUUUAUUUUUUGUAGCAAUAGUAUUUUAUGCAUGACUUUGUAUUGCCAGUAUAAGUUUUAAUUCACAAAAUGGUACAAAACUUUUCUAUGCAUACAACCCUAUGAACUGUAAAAAGGGAACUCAAAUUAAAAAAAACGAUUUUAUGAAAUAGUUUUUCUUUUAACUGUGAUUUUGCGCAGAAAACAUAGCUCAGGUAUACAGAGUAAAAUUAACUAUGAAAUAUUUAUCGAUGCUUUAACUAGGGAAAGAAAUAUAUGUAUCGUAUAGUAUAGUGUACAUUUUAUGCAAGCUUUUAAUGUCGUGAAAUUUUUUUAAACUAAUAUAUUAACUUUAUUUAAUGAGAGUGCGGUUUUUCUUACUUACCUAAUAUGAUUGGAAGAUAUAUUUUAUGUAUUUUUUUUUGUUUAAAAUUUGUCUGCGCAUGCACUUUCAAAAAUGUUCAUGUCUUGAAUGUAUCUAAUAGGCCUAAUAAACUUUGGAUACUUCUUUUAGGUGAUGGGCUAGCAACCUGUCACUUUCUGGAUUUCAUUUCCAGCAUGAAGCCAUACAGCUGAACGUGGCCUUUCAGAACGAGACUGAUGGCUCUGUCUACCCCGUAAGGGAUAAAAAAUUAUUAACGUGUGUACUUUUUCAAAGCAUAUGUCCCUAAAUUUGUAUACGAGAUUUGUAGCUGUAUCGUAUUGUAUAUGAGUGCUUUAGAAAUAUACGCCUCACCAAACCUAUAUAUGUUGUACUUAAUGUAAAACAAGAAUUAAAAUAUUUUUCUAAGUACAAUAAUAAUUCAGCAUAUCAAUAUUGCUUAUUAUGUUAUUCUUUAUCUAAGAACUUUUUAAACUAUAUGUUACAU